GGCGGACUGAGAAAUCCAACACCAACACUGGUCAACGCGACCUGUCAGGAGUGCCUGGCUCUGAUACAGCAGCAAGAAAUGAUUUGGGUGGGGUUGUCAAGAGACCACACCCUGCGAAUUUGGGAUGUGGAUAAAGGAACAUCAAUAUUGGUGGGAGUGCCAUUCGAAGGACACGAGAGCUGUGUGCGACCAGUCGCCAUAUCUCCAGAUGAUAAGCGAAUCGCGAGUGGUGGAGAUGAUCAAACCAUCAUCUCCUGGGACGUCAAGGCUCGGGACCAAGCAGAAUAUUUUCAGUCCGCUGGUGAAGCAUACAGGCCAGAGACCGGCGCUGUCCUAUCAAUACUCCAUGGUCAUAGUUGUGAUGUGUACAGCGUUUGUACCGUGUUACAUUCAGCCCAGAUGGAGUAAAAUUGUCGUUGAGAUUGUUGCACUGAUAAUGCUGAACUUCUUUUCCGGACUGCUCACCAAGAUGGUAUUCGAAGUGUUGUAUGGUCGCUCGACGGACAGCAACUUCUUUUCACAUGAAACAACGCAAAUGUCAUCUUCUGGAACUCGUCACACGGAUACUGGAAUCACCCUUGCACCGGUCAUUCUGACACUAUCUACUCGCUCGCCAUCUCUUCUGAUAGCACCUUUAUUAUCACUGCCUCGGCUGAUAAUACUGUACGGAUGUGGAACACAAUGGAGCAUUGCUCAGGACGAACUAAUUCAAUUCUCGUCGGCACAGUCCACAACAGAUAUUCUUGCUUGUUCGUCGCGACCUUGGAUUGCCUGACUUUCCAGAUGAUGGCAUGGAGCGUGGGCGAUUGGUCCGAGUUCGAGUCUCUGUCAUACUAUUCGUUUGGUGGGUAUAUGAGCCGGUCCGACGGAAUGAUAUGGAGUCUCACUUGCGAGAAUCGAAGUUGAUCGUGG